AUGGCUGCCCGCCGCCUUCUCCCCCUUACACUCCGCCGAGUGCGCGGAUUGCCCAACCCAGUGCUGUCGCCAGCCUCCGCCGCUCCAUCGCCGCUUCCGCCUCUCUCCGCGUGCGCCGCCUCCGCCGAUCGCACGAUCCACGCGGCAUUUUCUUCUGGAUCACCCGCCACGCCUCCGCCCACCUUCUCCGCUAAUGAACCCACCGCGCAUGGCGCACCCUUCUCGCAUACUUCUUUCCCCGCGCACCCUCAUUCCGCCUUAUCGCAGCCUCUCCGAUUCGUUCACGCCGCCACCACAUUCGCCUCGUCCCCGCAUUCCCCGGAAGGGACGGUGCCACCUGGCAGUACCACGUCAGCAGCCGCCGGCGACGGUCGGCACGAAGCCACGUCAACGGCGCGCGAGUCGACGGCAGGCGGCGGGGUGUCGGACGGCAAAGCAGGGGGCAGCAGAGCGAGAUGGGCGCAGGCCCGUGCGCCAGAGUGGGAGGAGCGCGUGUAUGCGCGCGGCGUGCGCGGAUACAACAACGUGCUGCAGCACCUGGCGGACACUAACAGGGCGCACCUGCUGCGCGACGUGUGGAACGACAUGCAGAGUGACGGCGUGGCGGCCGACCGCACCUCCUUCCACCUCGCCACUGCCGCCGCCAUGAAGGCCGGCCGCCUGCACGACGUGCUCUUCUUCUUCAAUCACAUGAAGACACGUGGCAUGGCGCUUGACGUAAGCACCGUGUGCUGCCUGCUUUCCCCCGCCCCUUUUCCCCCCGUCUCUGCUCAGCGUGCGUCCCGUCCACCCCCAGAGGUGGUGAUGCACAACAUGGUCAUCAGCGCCUGUGCCAUCUGCCUGCACGUCGACCUCGCCUUCAAGGUGCCUCCCGCCCCCCCCUGCACCUACCACCCCCCCCUGCUCCUACCGCCCCCCCCUGCACCUACCGCCCACCCCUGCACCUACCGCCCCCCCCUGCACCUACCGGCCCCCCCUGCACCUACCGCCCCCCCCUGCACCUACCACCCCCCCCUCGCACCUACCGCCCCCCCCUGCACCUACCGCCCCCCCCUGCACCUACCGCCCCCCCCUGCACCUACCGCCCCCCCCUGCACCUACCGCCCCCCCCUGCACCUACCGCCCCCCCCUGCACCUACCGCCCCCCCCUGCACCUACCGCCCCCCCCUGCACCUACCGCCCCCCCUGCACCUACCGCCCCCCCCUGCACCUACCGCCCCCCCCUGCACCUACCGCCCCCCCUGCACCUACCGCCCCCCCUGCACCUACCGCCCCCCCCUGCACCUACCGCCCCCCCCUGCACCUACCGCCCCCCCCUGCACCUACCGCCCCCCCCUGCACCUGCACCGCAUGGGCACCUGCACCGCAUGGGCACCUGCACCGCAUGGGCACCUGCACCGCAUGGGCACCUGCACCGCAUGGGCACCUGCACCGCAUGGGCACCUGCACCGCAUGGGCACCUGCACCGCAUGGGCACCUGCACCGCAUGGGCACCUGCACCGCAUGGGCACCUGCACCGCAUGGGCACCUGCACCGCAUGGGCACCUGCACCGCAUGGGCACCUGCACCGCAUGGGCACCUGCACCGCAUGGGCACCUGCACCGCAUGGGCACCUGCACCGCAUGGGCACCUGCACCGCAUGGGCACCUGCACCGCAUGGGCACCUGCACCGCAUGGGCACCUGCACCGCAUGGGCACCUGCACCGCAUGGGCACCUGCACCGCAUGGGCACCUGCACCGCAUGGGCACCUGCACCGCAUAGGCACCUGCACCGCAUGGGCACCUGCACCGCAUGGGCACCUGCACCGCAUGGGCACCUGCACCGCAUGGGCACCUGCACCGCAUGGGCACCUGCACCGCAUGGGCACCUGCACCGCAUGGGCACCUGCACCGCAUGGGCACCUGCACCGCAUGGGCACCUGCACCGCAUGGGCACCUGCACCGCAUGGGCACCUGCACCGCAUGGGCACCUGCACCGCAUGGGCACCUGCACCGCAUGGGCACCUGCACCGCAUGGGCAACCUGCACCGCAUGGGCACCUGCACCGCAUGGGCACCUGCACCGCAUGGGCACCUGCACCGCAUGGGCACCUGCACCGCAUGGGCACCUGCACCGCAUGGGCACCUGCACCGCAUGGGCACCUGCACCGCAUGGGCACCUGCACCGCAUGGGCACCUGCACCGCAUGGGCACCUGCACCGCAUGGGCACCUGCACCGCAUGGGCACCUGCACCGCAUGGGCACCUGCACCGCAUGGGCACCUGCACCGCAUGGGCACCUGCACCGCAUGGGCACCUGCACCGCAUGGGCACCUGCACCGCAUGGGCACCUGCACCGCAUGGGCACCUGCACCGCAUGGGCACCUGCACCGCAUGGGCACCUGCACCGCAUGGGCACCUGCACCGCAUGGGCACCUGCACCGCAUGGGCACCUGCACCGCAUGGGCACCUGCACCGCAUGGGCACCUGCACCGCAUGGGCACCUGCACCGCAUGGGCACCUGCACCGCAUGGGCACCUGCACCGCAUGGGCACCUGCACCGCAUGGGCACCUGCACCGCAUGGGCACCUGCACCGCAUGGGCACCUGCUCUGCUUCACUUCCACCGUGGCGGAGGGCAUGAGGAGGGCGGGCAUGGAGUUCCAUCAGCGCACAUACAUCGCACUGCUCAACGCCGCCGCCAACACCGGCCGCAUCGCCCUCCGCCACGCCAAGCUCCUCCCUGCCCCCGCUUCCUCCCAACCUCGUUGUGCUGCCUUCCUCAACCCCCUGCCCUCCCCCCCACCGGGGCGUGUGUGGGAGCAGGGAAGCGGUGGUGCGGGAGAUGGAGGCGGGGGGCAGGCAGCGCACGCGCCUCACACUGGCGGCGCUCAUCACGGCACAUGCCAACCACCUCCCGCUGCUGCCCCGCUGCAAAGCCAAGGUCCCUUCUGCUCCUGCUUGCACUGCCACGGCAGCAGAGCAGCUGACCCAUGUUACUGCCGCCCCGCGCAUCUCCCCUCUCAUCCUUCCCCAUGCUCUCCCCUCUCAUCCUUCCCCAUGCUCUCCCCUCUCAUCCUUCCCCAUGCUCUUUCCUCUUCCAUCCUUCUUCCCCUCGCCUGCCCCACGCCAUUCCCCUCCCCAUCCCCCUCCCCAUCCCCCUCCCCAUCCCCCUCCCCAUCCCCCUCCCCAUCCCCCUCCCCAUCCCCCUCCCCAUCCCCCUCCCCAUCCCCCUCCCCAUCCCCCUCCCCAUCCCCUCCCCAUCCCCCAUCCCUCAUCCCCCUCCUCCAUCCCCCUCCCCCAUCCGCCUUCCCCCUCCCCCCUCCCCAUUUCCCCCACAAGGUGCUAGCUCUGCUGGAUGAGGCGCGCGCCCUGCCCUCUGAGGAGGCCCCAGGGCAGGGGGGAGGGGUGGGGGAAGGGGAGGGGGGAGAGGAGGAGGGGGAGUUGGGAGGAGGAGGGGGAGAGGAAGGGGCGGAUGAGGGGGAUCAGGCGGCAUUAGCAGGGGGAGGAGCGGCAAGAGCAGAAGCAGCUGCCAUGCAGGGUGGCGGCACGGUGCAGGGCGGCACGUUGCGGCAUUACAUGGCAGCGCUGACGGCUAUGGAGACGCUCAGAGACCCGCAGGUGAGGCAGGGGGGGAGACAGAGAAGGGGGGAGGCAGAUGGGGGGAGGCAGAGGAGCGGGGAGGCAGAGGGGGGGGUAAGGCAGGAGGGGGGGGGGAAGGCAGGAAGGGGGGUGGAAGGCAGGAAGGGGGGGGGAAGGCAGGAAGGGGGGGGGAAGGCAGGAAGGGGGGGGGAAGGCAGGUGGGGAAUGGGAGGCGAGGGAAGGCGGGCGCAGGGGGCGGAGCAGGUGAUGGCAGCAGCGAGGGAGGAUGGGGUCACACCAAAUGCACACAUGCACCGCCGCCUCAUCAGGGUGUAUGCGAGUGCGGGGCAGGUGCAGGCAGCGAGGGCGGUGUGGGAAGCCUUUGUGGCCUCGGGGGGCUACCCGGGAAGGAGCCUCUUCCUGCACGUGGCGGAGGCAGCAAUGGCGCAGGCCACGCGAGACAGCACCGCCAUGGCACGCCAAUACAUGGAGGAGUUCUUCAAAGCGGGCUACUUCCUCAAUCCCACCACGGGCGCUCGCCUGCUCAAGCUCGCCUCCAUCUUCGCCCGCAAGAGUGGCGACCCAUCAUGUGCAUCUCUCAUAUUCGAGCGCUACGUGGCGGCCAUGAGGGACGUGGAUCCGGACACCCUCUGUGUCUUUGCCUCUGCGCUGCUCGACCUGGGCGUGCCGCCCUCCGAUGCACGUGUGCACCGCGCUCACAGCCUCGCGGCACAGCGGCGUUCUGUGCGCCUGCAAGCCAAGGCACGUGCCGGCGUUUGGCACGGCGCUUUUCCACCGCCCGUGUAG